AUGGCGGGUCGCAGGUCACGGCUUGAUCUUCUUGAUCUCUCAAUUACUCUGCGAUUGACCCACAACUCUCUGACUUUUGACUUUAUCGGCACCCCCACAGAUGAAACAGCUGAUGACCUGUAUACAGUUCAGAUACCCAGAAGCUGGCUGUCAGCUUUCCUGGACUUUGCUUUUCUUUACAAUGGAGCUAAUCUUCAGCCUCUACUCCAGUUUACACCCUUCACUCUCAUCCAUAGGUCAAGAAUAUUAACAAUAGGAGAAGUUCCAAAGGAUCAAGUCUAUACUAUGAAAUUGAAAGGAAUCUCGGUGUGUUUCUCCAUGUUGAAGGCGGCCCUCUGUGGGAACUAUGUGAACUUUGGAGUGUUCCGUCUGUAUGGAGAUAACGCGCUGGACAAGGCGUUUGGAAUGUUUGUCAAGCUCCUGUUGUCUGUGUCCCAGAGAGACCUGAUGGACUACCCCAAGCUGAGCCAGAACUUCUAUAGUUUGCUGGAGUGCCUGGCCAACGAUCACAUGGCUUUCAUCAGUAGCUUAGAACCCCAAGUCUUUCUCUACAUCCUGGCCACCAUAUCUGAGGGUCUCACAGCUCUAGCAUACAAAUGGAGCUCUAUCCAAGAUACCAUGGUUUGUACCGGAUGCUGUGCCACGCUGGAUACAGUCAUCACCUAUCUGUUCAAGAACCUUACAAUCAAAAAGAAGAAACAAAAUCACAUGCAGCAAAACGAGGCUUUUUUUCGAAUCCUAGAACUUCACCCAGAAAUCCUUCAGCAAAUGCUUUCUACAGUACUCAACAUUAUCAUGUUUGAGGACUGUCGGAACCAAUAG